UAGGGAAGGACUACAGAACAUUAACUCAUAAGUUCGAAGUCUUAGCAAGGAUGAUAAAAUUGUAAAUCACAAGAAGCAUGAAGCAUACAGUGUAACAGAAAGGUAAACUUAUGACAAAUACAAGUAAUAGUAAUGAUUUAGCUAAUUUUGUGCAUAGUUGAUAGAGGACACCACUAGACCUCGAUGACCUCAUAUAAGUGACAAGUGUUAAUGAUAAGUCCUUCACUUUUUGACAAAGCUUUUUACAGUUUCUAUUCAGCCUGAGUUUUUAUUUGGUACGAAGAAAUAUUUCUCGGUAAGCAGUUUGUCGACUUUAUUUCAGUUUGUAUAAAUUCAAACCUGGAGGAAUGAACGUAUAUAGGUGUUUAUCUGUAUAUAUUUUGUUGUUGUCGGGGGAAUACAUGGUGUCUGGGUGGGUACGGACAUUUAAUUAAGGAAUUUAUAAGCAUGGUUCACAUAAUAUAUAUACCUGCGGUAUAUCGACCUGCGGCAUAUCGACGGGCUAUUGUCGUUAGCAGUUCAACCAAAUAGUUUAUAAAAGAAUGUAUGCAGAAACAGCUGUGAACAAUGAUAGCGCAGGCAUACCGUGGUCAUACUGUAUGUGAACCAGGCUUUAGGACUUUUAGUGGAAUAAUAUUAGAGGAAUAUAUAGUAAGCUUCGGUUCAGUGAAUGCUAUAUAUAUGUAGAUGAAAAUACCAUUGUUCGAUUCAGUGAAACGAUAUCUCCUAAUUCCUAACGAUAGUUUUAGUCAAAGUCAAACAUUAUAGCGAUUUACGAAUUAUGACCUUUGUACUUUGUUCGAAAAAUUUAAACAAUGUCAAUGACAAUAGUAUACUGUAUUAGUAUUACUGUACUAAGCCAUACCUUUCGCCGAACAUAACUUUGGCCCCUUCGGACAUAUCUUUUUCGUAAUCAAUCCAAAACACUAUUUAGAGUGUUAUUUUCAAGCUUGUUGCUUCAGUUUUUCAUCUUAAUUUUAUUUCGGUAUAAUUUUCAAUCUGUAGUAAUAUUAGUGAAGUCAGCGGGAUAUUUUUUGACCGGAAAUAGCAUUUUAAUUUGCCUAUUAAAAUAUUGCGCCAGAAAAAAUAAAAGGAGAACUUCGAUCGAUGUUUCGAGCCGAAGCCUGGCCUACAAAGAAAGCGCCUUCGCUCAAAACGUCGAAGUUCUCCUUGUAUUUUUCAGGUAGUUGUAUCCCUACCAAUCCCAAGCUACACUGGCAAACACUGGCACAGACCAUUAAAAAACUAAAAAUAGCUUAAUUACUACCUACUUUAUUAUUGUUUUUCAGAACAAAGAGCUUGGGUUCGCAAUGACAACACCUUUAGAGCAUAUGUUCCAUCUAGGACGGCCAAAAUUCCUCAUGUACAGUAAUGUUUUAUACACAGUGGGCGUGGCAGCCGCCUACAAGAGCAACCCAACCUUGCCUUUCAAUCUUGGGUCCUACAUCUGGGUUUGUCUCAUGGUUCAUGCCAUCCAUGCGAUGACUCAUUAUUUUAACGAAUAUUACGAUUUCGAAGCUGACUGUGCCAACAAGAACCCAAGCCCCUGGACUGGAGGUUCGCGAGUAUUGGUGGAAGGAAAAUUGAAACCAAAAGUGUCGUUACUGAUUGGAAGAUUAAUCUCUCUGAUAGUGUUAUCAAACGCGGCCAUUUAUUAUGGAAUCACUGGAAAUGUCCUAGCAACUAUGACUAUAGUCCUGGGUGUUAUUUUUGGACAUGGUUAUAGUGCUUGGCCUCUCAGCACGUCGCGUAGAGGACUGGGUGAGGCGAGCGUUAGUCUUGUUUUGAAUAUUCUUGUACCAUUGGGGGGUUAUCUGUCACAUGAUCCCAGUUCACCAUUUGGUAACAGUUUGUUGUGGCCAAUAUUACUUCCAUUAGUACCAAUACAAUUUAUUCGAAUGAUGGUUAUGAACAUGGCUGACGUGGAAUCUGACAAAAUUGCUGGUAAGUGUUCGCCAAAUGUUUAUUCCUUGAAUAUGUUCUCUAAAAAUUUGAAUGUACGUGUAUUUGUUUCCUUAAAUAAACUUUUCCUGAGUUUCCUUUAAGCCUACCACUAUCACCUUUGUUUUAUCGCCAAAGAACUUUUUACAAUGCAGACACGAGUUAACGUCGGAGUCUGAGACCAGGGCGUCUUAUAUUUAAGUGUUGCUAACCUUCUCCAAAUAUUACGGCCCUAACCAUAAACCCUAGAGAUGCCUGUGGAGGCUAAAAAGUUAAUAAUAUAUAGUUACUCUUCCUCUCUUGUUUGUUUGCGAUGUCUAACCUUUUGAUAUUCUCUAGGAAAACUAACACUGGUCGCAAGGCUGGGAAUGCAGUUGUCGUGUAUAGUUCACGGUAUUGGCAUGGUGUUUGCUUAUAUCUUACAUAUAUGGUUGUAUGUUUACGGAUAUCUUUCUACAACGACAUUUCUUCUCAUGUUUAUACCUGCUCCGAUUGGAUUACGACAGGUAAGAACAGUUUUAGCACACUUUGCGCACCAAUUGAUUUUUCCUUUGUUCACAUGAAAAGUGGUGAUAGGGGAUUCUGAUAAUCCUCACUUGCAUCUGAGAGCGGAAUGGAUGUUCUCGAUGGCUAAGCCGGUCCGAGCAUAUAUUUCGGCCGAAAGAACAAUCUACAAAAUACAUAACACAAUGAGCAACAUAGCAAAACAAAGUCUAUAUUAAAUUAGUUUAUAACAACAUAGCCAUAGGUGUAUAAGCCCUUUCAACAAUGUGUCGUUCUUAAUAAUAUUUUGACAGCUUUUUCAACCAUACAUGUAUUAACAACACAAUAAAAAAUAAUAAAUAACUGAUAAAAUUCGGAAAAUGUAACUUACCAAAAUGCCCUAAAAAGGCCUGGGACGAGGUUGUGAAGCCAUCUUGGGAAUACCUACUGUGUCAUCAUCUAUUACUAUUGAUUGGGAGUAUUUAUUGCGCAUCUCAAACGCUUAUACUGUAGGGCUGUCACCAUAAGAUCCAUGCCUGAUCGCGGAGCACAACUAAGGUGGAAGGAUUAGUUUUUGAAAAGAGAAACUGCCUCAAAUCACAGGAAUGCAGCCCAGAGGAGAGCCGGCUUACCGGUGAUAGUAACUAACAUUGAUUAUUUUCUGUAUAGAUCCCUAAUGUGUUCAUCCGCCCAUGGAAAUUUGAAAAUCCAUUCUGGAGCAGUCAACAUAGUAUACUGUCCAUGGCCAUGGCACUUGCGGGUAUCUUGCUCUCUGGAGGAAGACCACUGAGUGGAACAUCGUGGGCUCUUAUUUUCCCUCUUGUUCUGAUCUCUAUUUCUGUACCAGUCCUUUUCAAGAAGAUCGUAGACGCGGCCAAGGCUCACGAGUCUUUCAAUAAGAGACAAUAGAGUUGCAUGCAAUAGUGUUGUUAUAAUUAUCAGUGUAUCUUUUAAUUAUAUUAUAACCUUUUUUGUAAUCUUUUUGGUGGAAAGAAUAAAAGACAAAAAAGGAAUUUUAAUCCAGAGCGUUUUUAGAACCAAACCUCGAACCCACUGCUUCUGCGGUUUGUAACUUUCAGAGUUCACGAAGUUGGUUAGUCACAAGCGUAGAGCUCUGGGAGCGAGGUUGUUUCAGAACCUAUGAAACAGGAUACUUGGAUUACAUCAUUCACUGUUAUAAUAUGUAAGAUUUGUCACCAAAACAAAAUCAUUAUUUGUAGUUUCGCAUCCGUUUCAUCUUUGGACGAAAAGGAAAAACGAUUAGGGAGAACUGUUUUUUUGUUCACUGAAUCACUG